GAGCUUGAUGUGACCUCACCUAUGGAGACUCUUCAAGCCAUUGCUAAGAAAGCCGUUGAGAUCUACGGUGGCGUCGACGUUAUCAUUAACAACGCAGGUUUCAUGAGGAUAGGGGACUCUCGAGGAGUGCAGGCAUGUAUUUAUUUCGAUGAAGUUGAUUGAAAUUGAUCGGGUCCCUAGUCCCGCCGAAACUCUGGGGCAAUUCAACACCAAUGUAUUCGGCCCUAUGAACAUCAAUCCACACAUGCGAGAGCGCAAGACCGGAACUAUCAUCUGGGUUGGUUCUGCUGCUGUGGAUACCCUACCGUCGGUGAUUAUGCCGCCACGAAGGCCGCCGUUAGUGGACUGUCCGAGAGUUUGCAUCGAACCUGGUUACUUCCGUACCGAUUUCCUAAAUCCCUACAGGACGGGCUCGGACGUGACUCAUAUCAAAACCUAUAGGGAGGUCAACAAAGCUAGCGAGGAGAUGUUUAGUGCUGUGAACGGUAACCAGCCCGGAGACCCCGAGCUGACCGUCAAUGCAGUCAUUGAUAUCGUCAAGGGCGAAGGUCUCGCGAAGGGCAAGGCCUUCCCCACUGUAGUGUCUUUGGGAGGCAGUGGCUAUGACAUCGUCGGUGGUGCUUGCACCGGCUUGGUUGGGUUGGAGACUUGGAAGGAUCUUACUUCGAGCGUUGACUUUCCCCAAGGAGCAUGAGCUUUAGCAUAUCAAUCCGUACCGUCGUGGUGGGAUCAGAACUAUCAAUAUGGAUAGGUGCACGCGCAAGAGGGACAUUGAAUACAUUGCGUUGGAUGAC